GCAAGCGUGAACGCGCACAGCCGAUGAGAAAAGAGAGCGCGCUAGAGUGGGGGAGAUAUAGAGGGAGGAGAGGAUGCGACCAGUGAUGUAGAUGGACCGUUUCUCUAUACGGAUGCUCGAAUGUGCGAACACAUCAAUAUUAUUUUUUUUAAAUUUAAAUCGUCUCCCAUGCUCGUUUGAAGACUGAAAACUAAAUCAGGUGACAAGAUGGGAAAUGGUUCGAUGAAAUCAAAGCGUUACAAACAGACGGACGGCUCUGCGGCCGCCUCCGACAGCCGACCCCACAAAGAUCAGGGGUUCAAAAACUCGCCCCUGGACUCCCUGAGGACCCGAGUGGAUGAGCUGGAGCGAGAGGGCAAGAGGAGGGAUGAGGAGCUUUGUGCCAAAGAGCUUCAGAUCAAGGCUCUCCAGGAGCAGCUGGCCAAACAGACGCGAGCUCUGGCCGAGCUGAGCGAGGAGCUGCAGAACAAGUGCAUCCAGCUCAACAAGCUGCAGGACGUGAUGAAGAACCAGAGCGGGGCCUCGACAGGUCUGGCAUCAAGGCCCCCUUCCAUCAGAGUUACCAGCAGAGGCAGCCCCAACCUCAGUGUUCGCAUCAAGGAAACCCUCAACAGAAGGAAAGGGGCCAAAGCUGGGGUGUCGGCUGAACCCACAUCCAGGACCUACGACUCCAGCAGCCUGCCAAAGUUCUCUUUCGAGAAGGUCCGAGUACCGAAGGAUGCAAGUGUAAAGAAGCUGCUGACAGACUCCCUGAACAAGAACCAGUACCUGAAGAGGCUUGAGCUGCAGCAGGUUAAAGACAUGGUGGAGUGUAUGUACGAGCGCACCUACCAGCAGGGAGAGUACGUCAUCAAGCAGGGAGAGCCUGGGAACCAUCUGUUUGUGUUGGCAGAUGGGAAGCUGGAUGUGUUUCAACAUAACAAACUGCUCACAUCGAUAGCGGUGUGGACCACAUUUGGAGAAUUAGCCAUUCUGUACAACUGCACACGGACAGCAUCAGUGCGAGUGGUGAACAAAGUGAGGGUGUGGGCUUUGGACCGGGAGGUGUUUCAGAACAUCAUGAGGAGGACGGCUGAGACGCGACAUGAACAGUACCGCAACUUCCUCCGAAGUGUUUCACUCUUGGCUAAUCUACCAGAAGACAAGCUAAGCAAAAUAGUGGACUGCCUCGAGGUGGAAUACUAUGACAAGGGAGAGCACAUCAUCCGGGAGGGAGAGGAGGGCAGCACCUUCUACAUCAUCGCGCAGGGAAAGGUGAAGGUGACCCAGACCACCGAGGCCCACAAGCUGCCGCAGAUCAUCAACACGCUGCAGAAGGGAGACUACUUUGGAGAGAAAGCCCUUAUAAGUGAUGAUUUUAGGUCAGCUAAUAUCAUCGCCGAUGAGGACGGGGUGGAGUGCCUCGUCAUCGAUAGAGAGACAUUUGAUCAGACAGUGGGCACUUUCAAUGAGCUGCAGAGGUACCUCCAAGGCUACGUAGCAACACUUGAUCGUGACGACAAGAAGAGACAUGCCAGGAGGUCCGUAUCGCGCCACCAGAGCCAGCCGCUGUCCCCAGACAUCAUCCAGUUGAAGGACCGGGUGGCCGUGUUUCCUCAGUCCAGGCCCUACGACCACCUGGAACUGGUUGCAACUCUCGGGGUCGGCGGCUUUGGACGAGUGGAACUGGUGAAGGUGCAGAACGAAGAUGUCACCUUUGCACUGAAAGUCAUCAAGAAGAAGCACGUCGUAGACAACAGGCAGGAGGAGCACAUCCACUCGGAGAGGAAGAUCCUCGCCGAGGCGCGCUCGCCGUUUGUAGUCAAACUUUAUCGCACAUUUAAGGAUAACAAGUAUGUGUACAUGCUGCUGGAGGCCUGUCUGGGUGGAGAGAUUUGGAGUCUGCUCAGAGACAGGGGGAGUUUUGAUGACCCCACUGCUAAAUUCUGCGUUGGUUGCGUCACAGAGGCUUUCGAUUACCUCCAUCGCAAGGGUGUCCUCUACAGAGACCUGAAGCCAGAGAAUCUCAUGCUUGAUACGGAGGGAUACAUCAAACUGGUUGACUUUGGUUUUGCCAAGAAGAUCAGAUGCGGUCAAAAGACCUGGACCUUCUGCGGGACACCGGAGUACGUGGCCCCUGAGAUCAUCCUCAACAAAGGCCACAACUUCAGUGUAGACUUCUGGGCUCUGGGCAUCCUGGUGUUUGAGCUCCUUACUGGCAGUCCUCCGUUCUCAGGGAGUGACCAGAUGAUGACUUACACUUUCAUCUUGAAAGGAAUCGAGAAGAUGGACUUCCCCAAAAAGAUCACAAAGAGACCCGAGGACCUCAUACGCAAGCUGUGCAGGCGGAAUCCGUCAGAGCGACUGGGCAACCUCAAAAAUGGAAUAACUGAUAUCAAGAAGCACAGGUGGUUCAACGGCUUCAACUGGGAGGGACUGAAGGCGAGGACUGUACCAUCUCCACUGAAAAGAGAACUUACAGGACCGACAGAUCACAGCUAUUUCGACAGCUACCCUCCAGAUGAGGACAGUCCUCCUGAAGAGCUGUCUGGUUGGGAUAUGGACUUUUGAAACAGAUUGCUCCAUCUUUCCAUUGUUGUCUUUUCUUUGCACACCCUAACCAAAGCUUGAUGGGCAAAGGCCAGCUUACAUCAACGCGGGGCAACAUGAUGGAGUACCUCAGGUUCUGGGCAACAGUAGCUGCAGUUAGCGGGUUACUUUCUGAACCACAGAUCAGCCGGCUCAACACAAACGAACAGUUAAAGGCUGUUGAGUUCGACUGUGAAACAGUUUGUCAUGUAACAGUCAUUGAGCUUUUGGUUAGUUGGCUAUAUCUGACCGGCACUUAAGCUAAUCUAGUACAAUGUAGUGCUAAUUGUGAUAGUAGUAGUGGCAUGUUAGCAUAGCAAGCUAGAAUCUGUAAUACUGAAAAGCUACUGAGGUUCUCCACAAUCUGCUGCUACAAAAUGUUGCAGUGGAUAAACGCUCACGAAAACCAAAAACACAGCUGGCAGUGUUUGUGGGUGGUAAGCCAUUGAGGAAACAAGUCCUUGGAUGGUUAGGGAAAUUGCGCGAAACAAAGUAGGCAGUAGGCGUAGAUUUAAAAAAAAAAAACACACACACAAGUAUUUGUUACGUUGGAGUUGGGUAUUGAGAAUCAGCUCGGCUUUGUGACCAGGUAAAACAUUUUAGCAACCUAGAAUUCAUAAAGGAACAUGCUUUUUCAUUCAGCUAUUUGAAUCCCAACAGUAACGUUUGAAUGGCAAAGUUUGGCCUUAAUGCGCUUCAAUGUACAGUUCCAGUUAAGGCUUAUGUACAGUGGCGGACGGAGCUAGUGCUAAAAAGUGUUGCACAAAAGAAAACAGUGAGAUCAGGUAAAAAGGCCAAUGUUAUACAAGUUAAAUCACUGAUGAGAGAGUAGUAACGUUAACAAUUUUACCACAUACUGUACCAACAACAUUUGACAUUGUUAUCUUUGCUGAAGUUUCUAAGUUAGUAGAGUAAUUGAUUACAGCUUUUGCUUUUUUAAGCUUUAGCUCCUACUGCUUUAGAGGGAGUAAGCAUUGAAACAGACCAGUGACUGUUUUUACAGUCCUUAAUAAAUAAACGGCCAUAAAAUAAUAUUUCGCAGAUACCAAAAAAAUACAGUUUUCAGACACUUUUCUCUAGGCCCUCAAGAUGGUUCCAGAUGUGGAUGGUGGGGAGAUUCGCGAUGCAGUCUUUAUUUCUUACAGCUGAGAGAAUUUGUGAUUACAUUGGCAGUUUUUUAUGACUGUUGAGGAAUGGAGGUGUGUGGUGAGGAGAUCUUGUGCGGAGACGACACCCCGGAACUUGAGAAUAAAACAAACUCGGGAGAAGAGAUUCUACUUAACUGCUUAGACGGCCACAUUUGU